UCCACCUCCCACCAAGCCUUGUAAUAACAAAUAUAUAUUACUAACUCCAAAAUUGUGCUCUCAGAUUUGAUCAACAAACCAAUCAAAGAACUGAUAACCCAGAUUCCUUUUUCUUUAAAAUAUCCAAUAUUUUUUGUAUUAUAUUUUAUCAUUGAACUGCAUUGGACUUCAAUUAGGGUGGCGCUCCAAGAGUUGUGGGGGUGCUUGUUCAUUUUGAAGUGGUGAAGUUGUAAGUUUAAUACUUUUAAUUUUUUUUGGUUGCGAUGAUGAUUUUAUGGAGUUAACCAGAAUUUGAUGAGAGGAAUGAAUUGCGGGUGUUUAUAAAUAGAUAAUGAGUGGAGGGUCAUUGGGGAUUCGUUCAGGGAGUUACGGCUCUUUGGACAAACAGCUGCAAAAUGGUGUUUUGCCAAUUCAAGUGCCGUCAGCAACAAAAACUAAGCCUUUUAAAACGUUCAAGGAAAAGGAGACAUUCCUUCAUUGGAUAUGUAAGUUUGCUGGCCGGAAAAAGGUUGGAUCGCUGCUCCUUUGCGCCAUCUCUGCUGCCAUUUUUGUUUGGGUCUUAUACCUUGGCAAAGAUGAAGUUCAGGGAAGUUACAAUGUCCCUCUCCCUAAGGUAAAUGAUAGCUUGCCUCUAAAUAAUUCUAGAUCUCCCCUGAUAAAUGGACUGCAAAAUAGCCGCAUACACAAUUUGACAUAUUCACCAGUCGAUGCGGAAGGAUCUGAAGUGCCCCCACCUCCGUCGUAUUUUCUGCGCUACACUCUUCCAGCAGAGCAUCCAUGCAAUACUUUCACUUUACCCCCUCCACCAGCAGACAAAAAAAGAACCGGACCCCGCCCUUGUCCUGUAUGUUACCUUUCUGUGGACGAAGCAGUUGCCUUGAUGCCAAAAGUUCCAUCAUUUUCUCCGGUUCUUAAGAAUUUAACAUAUAUUUAUGAGGAAAACUUAAAUAAAGAGACAGAAUUUGGAGGUUCGAACUUUGGUGGGUAUCCUACUUUGAAGCAGCGUGAUGAUUCAUAUGACAUACGAGAAUCGAUGAACGUGCAUUGUGGAUUUGUCAAAGGAACCAAACCUGGCCACGAGACUGGAUUUGACAUCGAUAACAGUGAUCUUCUUGAGAUGGAGCAAUGUCAUGGAGUGGUUGUUGCAUCAGCAAUAUUUGGAGCUUUUGAUAACAUGCUCCAACCAAAGAAUAUUAGUAAAUAUUCCGAGCAAACAGUCUGCUUCUAUAUGUUUGUUGACGAAGAAACAAAAUCUGACUUGGAAACGGAACAUGGUCUGAAUGAGAGUAAGAAGAUUGGAUUAUGGAGAAUAGUUGUUGCGCAUAAUCUUCCUUACACUAAUGGAAGCCGCAAUGGAAAGAUCCCAAAGCUUCUACUGCAUAGGCUGUUUCCGAAUGCUCGUUUCUCUUUGUGGAUUGAUGGGAAGCUCCAGCUUCUUGUUGAUCCGUAUCAAAUUCUUGAGAGGUUCUUGUGGAGAAAAAAUGCUACUUUUGCAAUUUCUAGGCAUUAUAUACGUUUUGAUGUGUUUGAGGAAGCCGAGGCAAAUAAAGCUGCUCAUAAAUACGAUAAUGCCUCCAUUGACUUUCAGGUUGACUUCUAUAAAAAAGAGGGUUUGACCCCAUAUUCCGAGGCUAAGCUUCCCAUUACAAGUGAUGUUCCCGAAGGAUGUGCAAUAAUAAGGGAGCAUGUUCCUAUUAGCAACCUCUUCACUUGUCUUUGGUUCAAUGAAAUCGACCGUUUUACUUCCAGAGACCAACUUAGCUUUUCAACGGUAAGGGACAGGGUUGCAGCAAAGACGAAUUGGAUGGUGAAUAUGUUCUUGGAUUGUGAAAGGCGCAACUUUGUCGUUCAGCAACACCAUAAAGGAGUUUUAGCGAUGUUGGCUCAGAUGGCUCCGCCUGCCAUUUCUCCUCCCCCGCCACCGCUAUCUUUGGCCAAUAAUCCGCCUAGGACAUCAUCACUAGAAAUCGCAAGUGUUUCGCCAAAGCAUAGAAGAGAUUGGAGGGUAGGUUCAAGGUAAAAGUUUGAUUGAUAUCAACUACCCUUCUUUCUUUCCUCAACAUUCAGAAACCUUCAUCGCCAACGGAUUGGGAAAUCAUGCAAGAAAGUUGCAAGUUGUGUCCCAUAAAAGAUUACAGUUUUUCCAAUAUUAUUAAACCUGCCCAUUUUCAUUCAUUUUUUGUUGUAUAUAAAAAUAUAGUCCCAAAUGAUCAUUAAGGUAACUCUUUUGUUGUUUCAUUAAAAGUUUAUAAAAUUACUUUUGUAUUCAGUUUUCAA